GUUGGGUAUCUAUCCGUGUUGAGUUCAAUGCCACACUUAUUCGAACUUCACAUCGCCACUCGCGUUAAGAAUUCAGUAUACCAAUAUCAACUUCAAUAUGUCGAAGGCAUUCAUCGCAGCUAAGGAGAAGUAUCAGGCUGUGAUUGAUGACGCUGGAAGGGGGGACUUUGCCGGACCAACCGCAUUGGCACCACUCGUCACCCUUCUAACGGCGAUUGCCAUGCUAUCAAUAAAGUCGACCACCCUCAACAACGUCGACGAAGCAGCACAACUAUAAGGGAGAAGAUGAGAGAUCUGAUGAAUCGUCCAGCUUAUUAAGUUGUGUAAGAAAUUGGUUGCUACAUCAUGAGGGGUAUCGUCAACUAUCUGUACUAAAUUGACAAAUAUGAAUACAUCCCACCAUCAAAUGUCCAUAAUGCAUAGAGACAUGUGCUAUCGCUGUAGAAUAUGUGUUGAGUCCCCGAUCGCGACCCGUACCUAGGUAACCAUAGUUCAUUAUUGAUGAGAUCCGGUCCAAUUAUUAGGUGCCCCUAUUAUGGGGCAAACAC